CUGAUCGUUCGUCUGCAGUGGUGCUUAACAAAGAACUCAACACGUCGGUCUAGCGUUCAGUUAAAAUAUAUAGCAUAUCACAGGCAUUAUUCUUCAAAGUCAACAAUCAGCGACGUAUACGCCGGUAACUGAAACACCAUGCCGGUCCAUACCCGAAGUCAGAAGAGCACGAAAUCGGAAUCGCGUGUUGAAGGCAAAGGGAAACAGAACAUGGAAGAAAACAAAAGAAAGGGAGGUGAAUGGGGGCGUGCAUGGGAAGUUGACUUAUUCUCGUACAUUGGUGUGUGCGGUCUGCUCAUGUUUGCCCCAGUCCUGGUUGUGUAUUUCUUUGUGUCCUGUGAUAAGUACCAGUGCGCCCUAAGUGGGCCAUUGCUUGACGUUUUCAGCGGCAAAGCAACUCCAUACGAUAUAUGGAUGAAGGUGCCUUAUAUGACGUCACAAGCCUGGAAAGUAGGACUUGUAUGGAUUUCGUUCCAGGCACUUCUCUACAACGUUCCGGAUGUCCUUCAUUACAUCAUUCCAAAUUACAAAGGCGGUAUCCGUCUAGGGUCAGUAACUCCGGCAGGGAACCAAAUGUGGUACCAAGUGAAUGGACUCCAAGCUUGGACCAUCUCGCAUAUAGUCUGGUUUGCUAAUGCCUUCUACUUCAACUGGUUCUCGCCGACCGUUAUCUUCGAUAACUGGGGUGGUCUUCUCUGGGUGGCAAACAUUACUGGCAAUUUCGUCUCUGUUUUCGCCUACAUCAAAGCAAAAUUCUUCCCCACCAAUGCCGAAGACUGCAAGCGCAGCGGGAAUAUCUUCUAUGAUUUCAUGAUGGGUGUAGAGCUUAAUCCCAGAAUCGGCAAAUGGUUUGAUUUCAAGUUAUUUUUCAACGGUCGCCCGGGAAUUGUAGCGUGGACUCUGAUCAACCUGUCGUUUGCCUGGAAACAGUAUGAACUGUAUGGUCACGUGACCAACUCUAUGAUUUUAGUGAAUAUCCUUCACUGUAUGUAUGUGGUUGAUUAUUUCUGGAACGAAUCCUGGUACUUGCAUACUAUUGACAUCUGUCACGAUCACUUUGGUUGGUACCUGGGAUGGGGAGACUGCGUCUGGCUGCCGUAUCUUUACACUUUGCAGGGACUGUAUCUUGUUUACAACCCCAUUGUGUUACCGCCUGUUCAUUGCGCUGUUGUGCUGACGCUCGGCUUGCUUGGUUACUACAUUUUCCGCGCUGUAAACCACCAGAAAGAUUGGUUCCGGAGCCACGAUGGGGACUGCUUGAUUUGGGGCAAGAAACCUGAAUAUAUCCAAUGUAGUUACGUUUCAUCGGACGGCACAGAACGACAGAGUAAGCUGCUGGUGUCUGGGUGGUGGGGCGUCAGUCGUCAUAUGAACUACACCGGUGAUUUGAUGGGGUCGUUGUCCUACUGUCUGUGUACAGGGUUCGGCCACUUGCUGCCUUAUUUCUAUAUUAUUUAUAUGACCAUAUUAUUGGUGCAUAGGUGCAUACGCGAUGAACAUCGUUGUAGAUGCAAGUACGGCAAGGACUGGAACCGGUACACCGCACGCGUGCCCUACAGAUUACUACCGGGAAUAUUUUAGUAUGUUUUUGAACCAGGUGUUAUUCAUAGUAACUAGUUUGUUUGCUUUUUCUGAGAUGCUGAAAUGUUCGAGUUACGGACAUCGAGUUACGAGCAUCGAGUUACGAAAAUGUGGGCGUUCAUCAAAAAAAAAUGUAUGUUGCCUAUAACACAAAGUUUAUUGAACACAGAGUUACAACUUGGACAAGGUCUCGCAAAAGUGGGUGUGGUUUCUAAAAUAUGGGCGUGGUCAUUUUUGUAACUCGAACAUUUUUGUCCGUAACUCGAACUAUUAAGCACCUCGACUUUCAUCACCAUGAUGCCAUAAAUCAUGUUCGACAUUAUUCAUAAUUUUAAAAUUGACAUAUAAAUUUCAUGACAUCAGUA